GACACAAGUUUCGCACCCCCUCCCCCCCCCCCCACUCUCUCUCUACUGCAAAUAAAAUACACACAUAAUUAUCUAAUUUUUCUUGAAUUUCCCAAACCGCUCCACCACCUAUUGCGAGCCGAGUGGUACAUAUUUUCCGCGUCACCUGUUAAUCUCAGACUGCAGUACUAAUCUCUUAUCUUUCGUCUUUAUAUACUUAAUAAUGGCUCAAUCUUUAUCCGACUGAAAUUUCUUUUUCUGAAAUUUCUCGUUUGGGUUUUUCUGUAUUUAAUGGCUUUGGUAUCGGCUUUGCUUGAGAUUUUCCAAAAGCCUUCGAUUGGGGAUGUUGUAGUUGAGAUGAUGGUGUUCGCGACGCCUAUCUGGGUGGCUGUGGCAGUGGGAGUUGUUGUGGGAUGGGCAUGGAGGCCCAGAUUCACUGCCUUCACCUCCAUCCCUAAUAUGAAAUUGCAAUUUCCCAGAUUCAUUUCUUGGAUUUCUGAAGAGAGCUCCUCACCCCUCCAGGCCCCAACCACCAGCGCAUCGGUUCAGGAAAAUAGAAAUUCUGGAGCUGUUGAUGAGAAUGACCUUCAUCAUUUGUACCUGUUAGUUGAAGAGAAAGAUGGUGGCCCUGCCUGGAUUCCAAUGAUGGACCGGACUGCUGCGAACAUGAGUUACCAGGCCUGGCGUAGAGACCCUGAGACCGGACCCCCGCAAUAUCGGAGUAGAACUGUGUAUGAGGAUGCUAGCCCCGAAAUGGUGAGGGAUUUCUUUUGGGAUGAUGAAUUUCGAAUGAAGUGGGAUGACAUGCUUAUACAUGCUCAAACACUUGAAGAUUGUCCUACCACUGGAACUAUGGUGGUGCAGUGGGUACGCAAGUUUCCGUUCUUCUGUAGUGAUAGAGAAUACAUUAUUGGCCGUCGGAUAUGGAAAUCUGGGCAAACAUAUUAUUGUGUUACUAAGGGUGUGCCGAAUUCAUCCGUUCCACGAAAAACCAAACCAAGGCGUGUUGAUUUGUAUUAUUCAAGUUGGUGCAUUCGGCCAGCUGAAUCGAACAAAAGAGAAGGGGAGAAGAGUGCGUGUGAGGUUAUACUCUUCCACCAUGAGGACAUGGGCAUACCAUGGGAAAUUGCAAAACUUGGGGUGAAGCAGGGCAUGUGGGGAGCUGUAAAGAAGAUUGACCCCGGUUUGCGUGCAUAUCAGAGGCAUCGAGAAGCAUUGUCGGAUGGGGGCACGUUGUCAAGGUGUGCUUUCAUGGCUCAAAUCAACACCAAAGUGACGAACGAUGAGUUGGAGUCACUGGGGAGAAGAAGUGAGAGUGAGGUAGAAGCAUCUUGUGAUGAAGGAGAUAAGAAGCCAAGUGGAAGAAAUGUGCCUAAGCUUCUCAUUGUUGGCGGCGCAGUGGCGGUUGCUUGUAGCAUUGACCGUGGCCUGCUCACCAAGGCUCUUAUAUUUGGAGUUGCCCGGAAACUUGCAGGGUUCGGGAAGAGGAUGUAAAACCAGGGGGCAGGCGGGCAGGGGUAUAUUGGGCAUUUCAAACCCCAUACUAAGGUAUGACUCCUCAGGAUUUCCACUGGUCAAGGAAGGUGUGAAUGAUGGGCGUCUUCAACUCCGUACGUAAUUGUUUGUUUUUUUUUGUUUUUUUUGAAAAGUUGGAUCCUAAAAACGAGUGCUAAAAAUCAUAACAACCAAUUUAUGGGUCAUUGUUCUGUAUUUGAUCAUAUUUAACACGUUUCGUAAAGAAAAAUGAGACCGAGUAAUAAUACUAAAAUCUAAAG